GCUGCCAGGGCACGUGACACGCGCAGGAGAGGGGUCGGCAUGGCUACUACGCUGGAUGUCAAAAUUAAGCGGGCUAACAAGGUGUAUCACUGCGGGCCAUCAUAAGAACCUGCGUUUAAAGGAUCCUGUUUCCCAUCUCUCUGUGUUUCCUCCCAAACGCAACCCAGCCUCCCUGCAAGGCCUCUCAACCUACCUGAUGGCAGGGCUGGGUAGACUCUCCAGACUCCUGGCCCUUCAUACUCCAUCUCAGCUCAGGGAGUGGAGUUUGCUCUGCCCUCUGUCAGGCUCACCCCUGCUGCACCUGGAGCCUCUCUGGUGACCCCAUUGGCAGCCUGGUAUCUGCACUUGUCCAUCUGGGCUUCUGAAGGCCUCCAGUCAGACUGGCUGCAUUGCUGGAGGAAGAAGGAAAUUCUCAGUGGAGUGGUGGUCAUAACAAGUAAAGAUUCAGUCCAGCACCAGGGAAUUUCUUUAACGAUGGAAGGAUCUGUAAACCUGCAACUUAGUGCCAAAAGUGUUGGUGUGUUCGAAGCCUUCUACAAUUCCGUUAAGCCUAUCCAGCUUAUUAACAGUACUGUGGAAAUGGUAAAACCUGGAAAGCUGCCUAGUGGUAAAACAGAAAUUCCUUUUGAGUUCCCUCUGCAGGUAAAGGGAAACAAAGUUCUCUAUGAAACUUACCAUGGAGUUUUUGUAAAUAUCCAGUAUACUCUUCGGUGUGAUAUGCGGCGCUCUCUUCUGGCAAAGGACUUGACAAAGACCUGUGAAUUUAUUGUCCAUUCCCCACCUCAGAAAGGUAAACCAACUUCAAGCCCAGUGGACUUCACUAUUACGCCUGAAACUCUACAGAAUGUUAAAGAGAGGGCAUUGCUCCCGAAAUUUCUUAUCAGAGGCCAUCUCAACUCAACAAACUGCAUCAUAACACAGCCACUCACAGGAGAGUUGGUGGUGGUGAACUCAGAAGCUGCAGUUAAGAGUAUUGAACUCCAGUUAGUACGAGUGGAAACCUGUGGCUGUGCUGAAGGUUAUGCUAGAGAUGCCACUGAGAUUCAGAAUAUUCAGAUAGCUGAUGGAGAUGUUUGCAGAAACCUUCCGAUUCCAAUCUACAUGGUGUUCCCACGGCUUUUUACCUGUCCUACACUAGAAACUACAAACUUCAAAGUUGAAUUUGAGGUUAAUAUUGUUGUCCUCUUGCGUGAUGAUCACCUAAUCACAGAGAAUUUUCCAUUGAAGCUCUGCAGGAUGUGAAUAUCUUCAACAGUUGUUUUAAGGCUAUCAGAGGAGAAUCCAGUGAAUUGGAAUUACGAAAUGUGAUGGCUUCUUCCUUCUUUUCUUCUAGUUCUAUGGCAAUAAAACAGUGAUAAUUUUUGCAGUUCUUAUCCA